AUGGGGCGGACUUGCGACUCGACUUUUUCCACUUUCCCUGCACAUUUAGCCCGUGAGCUGGAUCCACUGGGUACAAUCACUGCCUCAACACCUUCAAUUACCAAUUGGGUCAGAUCGAAUAUCCACCAACUUCACCUACCAUACCUUGCUGUUAUAAUCAUUAUUCACAUCAAAAGAUCCUCGUCAACACAGCCUCUCACUCAUGCAUAUCCCCCGGCAAUACUGGCAGCGACAUGUAUGGCUCGCGUGAUGAAAGACAUACUCUCGCGCGGUGGAACUAGAUUCCUCAUGGCCAUCACAGGCUGGUAUUGUGGGACAGCGUUUAUUGCACUUCUCCAGGCGCUUCGCAUAGAAGAUCUCUCCAAGGGUGCUAACGAGGACCUCGACGUCUUAACUCUAGCUGUGGACCAGCUACGGAGGAUGUGGCCUACAGCAGGCGUCUUCUACUCCGGAUUUUGUCGAAUAAGACCAAAUUCAGUGGCUUCGGAUAUUGACUCCCAGCGAGCACCUGGUCCCGAACUAGGUAUGGGCGACGGGACAGGCUAUAUGACAAUGACCGAUGGCAUCGAUUGGACUACUUAUUUCCCAUUUGCGACACCACAGACCAGUGCGAUUGCGAGUCGGCUCCUGGUACCACAUACAGAGGAGUUGUUCUUUGAUGAUGAUAUUUUCGCUGACACCAAGUUGCACAUUCAGGAUUUGUUUGAACCCUGUGAUACACUGUCUGAUCCUAAUUUAUUCGCUUUCUGA